AUGCUCACCCGCCUCCUCAACAAACUCCUCACCGCCCUACACCUCCGCCGCCCCUCCCCCUGGGACCCGCCGACCGUGCUAGACUGGCUGCUGACCUCGCCCCUCCAACACCUCACCGCGCUGCUAUACCGGCACGUGCUGCUGCCGCUGCGGGGCGCGCCCUUCCGGCCGGCGCCCGGCCGGCGCCCGAUCCGCGUGGUCUGCCUGUCGGACACGCACGGCCGCACCGCACUGCCCCCCGCCGCCGCCGCCGGCGGCGGCGUCCCCGCGGGCGACCUGCUCGUGCACUGCGGCGACCUGACGGACGGCGGCACGGCCGCGGAGAUCCAGGCGCAGAUCGACUGGUUGCGGGCGCUGCCGCACCGGUGGAAGGUUGUUGUCGGCGGGAAUCAUGACGUCUGGUUGGAUGCGGCUGUUAGGGGACAGUUGGGGGAGAAGGAGGGCGGCGGGGUGGUGGUGGAUUUUAGCGGGGUGGAGUAUCUCUGUGACCGGGCGGUGGAGCUCGAGUUCGAGGGCGGGAGGAGGCUGAAUGUGUACGGCUGGGGCGCGGUGCCGUGGUGUGGCGAGGGCUUUGCGUACCAAUACCAGAGGGAGCAGCAUCCGUGGGAGGGCAGGAUACCGGAGGAGACGGACGUGCUGGUGACGCACACCCCACCGCGCCACCACCUCGACCUCGGGCUCGGAUGCGCCGGCCUCCUCGACGAGGUCUGGCGGGUCAAGCCGAAGCUGCACGUCUUCGGCCACGUGCACUGGGGCCACGGCACGGAGGCCGUCUACUUCGACGAGUGCCAGCGGGCCUACGAGUCGCUCAUGUCGCGGCCUGCCAGGGGCCUGUUCUACGACCUCAUCCCGAGUAUGCGGUGGGUUGACGCGUUCAACGUGCUGUACUACGGCGUCGGCAACAUCCUGUGGAAAUGGAUCAUGCUCGGGCCGGGCAGCAACAACGGCGCGCUGAUGGCCAAUGCAUCGGUCAUGUACGGUAACACCGGCAAGUUGGGUAAUCCGGUGAUUGUGGUGGACUUGUAA